AAUCCAGGAUUCAAGGCUCAGUCCCAGCCUAUGAAUACUGUAGUGUGUCUUCUAUGGCACAUCUACACUUACCACUAAACCUGAGCCAGUUUGAGAGUUGUCUCAGCUCAAGAAAUCCUGGCUAUUUCAACGCUGUGAGGAAUCAAGGGCACACUAACUGAGGUUUCAUGAAUUUAUUCUCUAGCUGAUGAGAAUGUCACUCCACCUCCACCUUCUUCUCUGCAAUCUCCAGCACUCUCAGCGCCAACCCUUUCCCUGAAUCCCCAGGGCCCUCUUUACAUCCAAGGGGACCAGGUUACCUUGGAGUGUUCGGCUCCUGAGAGGCUGGAUGUGGCAAGCUACACAUUCUACAAGAAACGACACAAGCAGACCCCCAAAGAGCUGCCCAGGAAAGGAAGGGGGCCCAACGAAGCCCUCACUGUGGAUGAAAAUACAGCUGGGGAGUAUAGCUGUCGCUACUCAAAGCUGCAAUCAAGGAAGGAGAGCCAGUCCCCACGGAGCAACUUUGUCUCUGUAGCCAUGAAAGUCUUCUCCAUGACCCCAAAGCAAGACAUCUAUACCAGAGGGGAAUCCAUAGAUCUCACGUGCUCAGCUUCAGCAGCCUCCCCAUCAGCUGCAACACCGAAGUCCUCCACCAUUUUCCAAGAUGCUCCUGGCAACGAAGCCGCAAGGGGACUCGCCGAUGUACCCAGAAGGCCAACAUUCUCAGCUCUGCAACCCACCUCUUCCCAUCCUGCUGACCACAGUCCCACAUCCCCUGAGGAUCCUCAGGAUACCAUGAAGUCAAGGGGCUCACAGUCUCCCCCUUCCCAGACUCCCUUCCGAGAGUUAAAGCCACACUCAGCAAAGCCGCAUGGAAUACCCACCACUGGGCUCAGCUCCUCCCAGUCAACGCUGCCUGGUAGCACUUCAACCAGCACCAAUUCCCAGAAUGGGAAAGAGCCAGAUCCGUUGCUUCUGCCCCUGGCCGUUGGCUGUGGUGGUGGAGGAGCCCUCGUUCUCCUGGCGGCUCUCGUCUGCCUUUACAAGAGGAAGCAGAAAGCUAGCAGCCGAAUCUCAAGCAGGACCUACUGGAACAGUUUCAAGUCUCAGAGAUCCACGAAGAAGAGAAGGUGCCAAGACCCCAUUGGGAUUGCAAUCAACAUGCUGUUUUGCGGUCAGCUCUACAGGAAAGAGAUGAGCCAUCAGAGUCCAUGGGCCAAGACUGGGGCAUCCUUCCUAAAUCCAAAAUCCGGGCACCGAAAGUUGGGGGUCCAUCGAAGGAGAAGAAGAGGGAAGAAGAUGCUGAUUCCGGAGCCGUGUUUGAAUUCCCGGAAAUGGACCCAAAUUACACACUUCUUGGCUUCCCCUGUUCCACGUUCUACUGGGAUGAAAAUGAGGGCUCCACAGUGGAGGCUCACCUCAGCCAGCAGGACAUUUGAUACGCCUGACCACUUUAAGUCAUAGAACCGCUUUCUCAGGGGCACGCUUACCUUCUGCGGUGUUAGAAGGGAGGUUUAAGGGAAUUCCCUUUAGGAAUCGGUUAUGCCCUUGUGGCGCUGGAGUUGUUGAAUCGGUAGCACAUGUCCUUUUACACUGUGCCUUUUAUAGGUCUAUUCGCUCUAUAUGCAUAGAACCUCUUUUAAAAGACAGACUGGGUUAUUCUGAUGAUUAUUAUGUUCCUUAUUUUUUAAUGGAUCGCCACACAGAGGUUACAGAGAGGAUUGCAAGAUUCUGUGCUGCGGCAUGUAAAAUGAGAUGAGAUAAACUUAGCUGUGUGUGACCUUGCCAUCCUUGUAACUCAGUUUUAUGUGAUUUAUUAUUUUGAUGUUGUAUAUUGUUAUUGUAUUGUAUUGUUUUUAUUCCUUGUUUGUUUUCUGGUCAUGGACCGCAAUAAUAAAUUCGAUUUGAUUUGAGGCUGA